AUGCAUCGCGUGCCUCGGAGCUCGCGUACGCUCCUUUCGGCGCAAACACGGACACGAUGGUGCAGGUGCCAACCGCGGACGCAGCUCACCCUCGCGUUCCUCGCCCUCGUCGCGUUCUGUCUCCUGGACACCGCUUCUGCAGAUUGUUGGUAUGAAGAUGAGCGACAUGAGGAAGGCAUUGAAGUAGCCACAGCGGAACCAUGUUUGAACUGUACGUGCAGCAAAGGUGUCCUCUUGUGCUAUCUAAGAGUGUGCCCCAAAUUACCCAACCCACCACCUCCUGGAUGCAUUUUAUUACACAGAUAUAGAACGUGCUGUCCGGAAUUAAUAUGCCCAGAUCUUCCUAGUGGUGGCAACGCUUUGGAAGCUCGCUCAGAACCGGACGACAACAUGAGCAUUCCUUUCAAUUCGAAAAUUUUAGGAAAUGCUUGCAUAGUAAAUGGUACCAUAUAUGGUCCAGGUUCAGCGAUGGAUUCCUCCUCUCUAUGUGAAUAUUGUUAUUGUCUUGGAGGCAAACAAAUGUGCGUCAAACCGAAAUGCCUGCUCCCGGUGGAAGGAUGUACUCCAACCUAUGAAAAUACAAGCUGUUGCCCAGUUCACUACAACUGUACAGAUUUACAUCAAAUUACCAGUAGUACCACCAGUUCAACUACAACAACUCUAAAACCAACAGUUACACAACCAUACGGUUGUUUGGUAGAUGGAGUCUAUUAUCCAGAAGGAGGCAAAGUCGUUGGCGUAGGUCAUUCUAUUUGUGAUAAUUGUUAUUGUUUGAGAGGCAUGUUAAGGUGUGAGCCUCUUUCUUGUGCGCCCCCACUGUUAGGCUGCGUGCCAGUAAUAAGAACCGGAGAAUGUUGUGCGGCCAGCUAUAAUUGCAGUGGAACAAUUGAAAUUCAACCCGAACCCAAUUACGGUCAGUUCCCUACUGUAAGCAAAGAAUAUGCUAAACUGAGAAAAGAAGUCCAACAGUUGAAGCCCACUACUAUGAAUAGAAGAAACACCGUUACCGAAAACUCAAAUAUGCCUUAUUACGUUAUAGCCCAAACUUCAGAUUCAAUAAAUCUUCAGCAGAGGAGUCCUGCAUCAGUUGGUACUACGAGACAUUUUUCAGGACUUACGCCAAAGCCAUAUUAUUAUAGCCCUGUAGUGAAUAAAGAAAGUUUAGUUUCAUCGGAGAACAAACAUUCGACGAGGAGUUACGUGGAUAAUACCUAUCCUAGUCUUUAUUACGCCACAUCGAACUACGAAUUUCAAAAUAAAAACUAUAAGAAACCAUUUUCUACAACCACCAAACCUACUUCUGGUAUACCUACUACUGAUAGCAAAGACCAAAAGUUGAGGUCAUCAGAUUAUCUAGAUUUAAGUGAUGACAGUCUACUAAGCAUUGUUGAUUCGUUGUUGGACGUACGUUUGAACAGAAAAGUUGAAAAUGAGACCACAACUACUGAUGUUCCAACCACUGAAUCCACCAGUGAAUCAACUGAUACCACAACUGAUGACCAAUCAACAACACCAACAACAACAGACAUCUUGGAUGAGACUACAACUGAACCAGUAACAGAAUUAAAUGAAAUUAGUAAUUUUGUCCAGCCAGUUACAUUCAAAACAGUUACAAACACGACUGACUGCAUCGAUAACAACGAAACGCAUGUGAUUAAUGAACCAACAACUGUUCUGCCUGUGGAUGCCAAUGAAAUAAAUAAGCUUGCUGAAUUAAAAACUGUGGAUGGCUACACCACAACUGAUUUUUCUGCUGAAGUUACCACAGAGACAGAUGACAUCGCAGAAGUUGAUUUGGAAAGUAAAGUUAAGGUUUCAAGUGUUACGGUGAAGAGCUUAGGGAAAAUACCACCCGACGUUGAAGCUAUUCUUAAUAUUACUAAAAAUAAGGAUACUGAUUAUGACUAUGAUUACAAUGAGCCUUCCUUGCCACCAUCUUUGCCUAAUUUAAGAAUUAUACCGUUUGUAGCUGCGGACGCUUUGGACUCUAAGAAACAAAUAGCUGAAGAGAACAAUAUAUACCCCCAAGAAAGGAUUUCUGAUAAUUCGUUUAUUUAUUCGAAUUUAUUUUCUCCGCCAGCUGAAACAGAAGGAGGAUUUGUACCUAAGGAACCACCAAUAUUAGAGAAUUUUUACGAAAAUGCUGUUACUGUACCUUCAAUCACAAACCCACCAAAGUCCAAUAAUGAAUUGAAUUGUUUUGUGGAUAAUGGUAAAUUACCCCAUGGCCAAUCUAUACCCUCAGACUCCCCUUGUAAAACAUGCACAUGCUUUUAUGGAAAUAUUGUCUGUCAAAAAGCUGAAUGUCCCUUACCAAGACCAGGCUGCAGAAAAUCGACAGUACAAGAUUUAAAUACAUGUUGUCCAGCAUAUGUUUGUGAUGAUGAAGAAGCCCCUACAGUAGUUCUAGAUAGAGCAGAUGUCAACACCCAAACAAAAGUGGAAGUCGUAACCGUGGCUGAAGGAGUGGUGACCCCAGAUCCAUUUAGAGACGUCAUUAGAACAGAGCCCGCGCCCGAUUUACAAUCUUUAAUAGGUGAUAUGCCGUUCUUAAUAAGGAAAACUACCCCAAUGCCUCAAUUUCAAUCCACCACGCAAAAAUCCCAACCAACCACAACUCAAGAAGGGACUACCACUAAUGGCACUUCAGACGAUGAUUUUUCUCUAGACAAAGUUCUUCAGUUAUUGUUUUCCGCAGACAAAGAAGAAUCUAAGGAACCCUCUACAACAAUUGUAAUAUCACCGAUCAAAUCGACCACGCUUGCUCCAUCUACCAAACAAAGUGACAAUUAUAUGUUGACGACUACAGAAUACGCACCUAAAACAAAAACGAAGAAUAAAGCCUCGAAUUUAAACAGCGUAGAGCCUUCUCCAGGUGUGGGCCUGCUGAAACUAGCUGGUUGCAAUAUUUAUGGGCGGAUGUACAGGGUCGGACGAAUUAUUUCAGAAUUGUCGGGACCUUGUCGAGAAUGUAAAUGUACCGAAGUAGGAGUACAGUGCAGAGUAUUAAAAUGUUGAGUGAGAAUUGUGAUUUAAAUUAGAUUAGUCAGAGCUAUACCUACGCCCUGUUUCUGAUUUUUGAGAUCAGUCGUGGCUUUGAUCAAUGUUCAACAUUUUAAACUGAAGUCUACUAUUUUAACUUGCCAAAAGUAUUAGUUUUCCUGUCAUAAUAUAAAUAUGACUAAACGUAGACGUAAUUCAAAUAAAUGUCUUUUAAAAACAGAUCUCACAUCUAAGAACUAAGUAAAUUUAUUUCAGUUAAUUGAUCCUGACACAUAUAAAAAUAAUUAAUUUACUAAUCAAAACCCUGAUUUUAUUAAACUGGUUUAUUUUCAAAAGGAAUGAUAGAUAUUGUAUCAGGUGAUCAAUUGACUUUUUUGAUUUUAAUCUUAGAGGUCCUUAGGUAUCACAAUUGCAGAUUCAUACCUUUCAGUUUUGUGCCAUCAAAAAAACACACUCCUAGUAAAUGAAUAAUUUCAGAUAAAUAAUUCAUUUCAAUAGUACCAAGUUUCUUCAGAUUCCUAAAAAAUUACCGAUGAUAAUUUCAGUGAUAUGAUUGUUAUAGAGUAUUAUUAUAAUUUUUCAGAACUAUUUUAGAUAGAUUAGAUAUAUUUAUUGUGAGGAUACCUUAUAGCAAAGAUUUGCCAGUAGAGGCUAAUGACUAUUUUUAUUAUAUUAAUAUAUGUAAAUGUCAAUA